GUCGGUUACUGAACUGUGAAGAGCGUCUUCCGCUUUUAGUUUUUGAUUCGGUUUUCUGAGGUGUGUCGAGUACAGAAGUAGUGUUGUUCCCUGUUAAUAGUUCUACAGGAAAAAAAUUACGUCUUUUAUCCGUUGGUGUUACCUUUGUAAUCUCAAGUUCACGAUAUGAACGAACGAAAACUCUUGGUAAGUUUGUAAUCCUUACAAAUGAGGUACAUAAACGAAGGAAUGAAAAUCAAAUUCCAUUACAAAAUAUGUAGAAAGAAGCUGUUGGGUGUCACUUUUGAUGAACGUCUGAAGUUUACUAGCCACUUGAAGGAGCUAUCUAAAAGAGUAUCUAGGAAAAUAGGGGUAAUGAUGAGACUGAAAAAUGUAAUACCAACAUUAGCAAAGGUUAGAAUUUACAAAUCUUUGAUUUUGCCACAAAUAACUUAUUGUUAGACUGUAUGGCACUUUUGUAGAAAAUCUGAUAACCGGAAGAUUGAGAGUCUCCAAGAAAGAGCGCUUAGAUCAGUCGUAGGCUUUCCGAGUUUGUUUAUUUUAGUUGUUUGAUUUUCGUUUUUAGGUAGUUAGGUGUCCACAAUUAGUGGACACCUAAGCUAGGCAUUUGACACAUUAAUUAAGUCUAUUUAUUAGUAGUAGUAUACUGCAGACAGUCUGCUUGAAAUGCUGCUUGCCAUGGGCAUUUAUAGAAAGUGUGGUGUUUUUGAACAAAUUAUGCGUAUGCGUAAGUCUGUGAUAAAAGUGCUAAAUGUGAGAUCAUGACUAUGAGUAGGUUUUUUAUGUAAUUAAUACUUGGAACGAAUCUAUUUGUAUUCACAAAGCAUGAAAUUUGCAUGUAAACUGCCACUAGUUUCUCUUUAAUUAUCCUUUAGUCAGAGGGUGGAUUCUUUUGGAAGACACUCGCAUACAUGUAGCUGUCUCAUAUGGCCUCUGAUAAAUUUCAUCCAAAAGGAAAGUUUAAUCCAAGUGACCAUGGGCACUGACUCAUGAUUAUUACAUCUAUUAGCAUAAUGUAUGUUCUUACUUGUAAGUGCCAGAGUGUGGGUCACAAAAGUGUGGAAGAAGUGUUAAAGUGUGGAAGUUUGGUAGUAUUACACAGGGUUGUCAAAAGUAGCCGGCUGCCUGCGAAAAUCGCCACCUAUUUGGUUAGUAUCAGCCAGCUACUUUGCUUGGUAGUUCUUUACAUAUGGCGUUUUUUAAAUAAGAUAUCCCUGGACUGGCUGCUUACUUUGACAACUCAACCUUCUACUUCAAAACUUUCUGACAAUCCUGUGGUAAUAUCAAGUUAGGAAUUUUGGUGCCAGGAACAAAUGGCAUUCGAAUGACUCUGAACUUUAGUGAUUAGGGUAAGGAACCUGAGUGAAUCAAUUUUCAGGUAAGUUUGCUCAGCAUAUAAUGACCUUAAACAGAACCUGAUUCACUCAAUUGUGGUUUCGGAUAGACAUAUUGUCAUAUCCAAGAAGACUCAGUGCAGGAAACACUACAAGCUUUUAUUUCAGCGAGCAAUCCCUGUAGAGCAUGCUAGUCUGCACGCGCACAUGUAAGAGACUGCAUGCAAACUGUGACACUAUAUAAUCACUAUAAACUUCAGAGUCAUUUGCCAUUCAGCAGCCAUUUGGUGUUGUGAAAAGAACCCUGGCCUAGCUGGAAUUUUGGAAGUUAGGUAGUAUAGAAGUUUUGAAAAUGUUUACCAUAAUAUAUUGUUCUCUGUUGUUAUCUAUCAUUUUGUAGAUGUUUGGCAACUUUGAUAUUUGGUAACGGCAUCUUCUGUAGAAAGAGUUUAAACAGCCAUGAGUGAUGACCGAGUGUGCGGCUCUCACAAAGUGAAAGUCACCUUAUUGGCUUCUGAAUGGGGAUCAAGCAAAGGCGGGCUUUCUACCAUAAACAGAGAAUUAGCCAUUCAGUUAGCCAAAUGCCCUGAAGUGGAAAUCACUUUCUUUUUACCACAAUGCAGUCAAGAGGACAGGAAGGUUGCCUUACAAAACAACGUGAAGAUUGUGGAGGCAACACCACUACUUGGCUAUGAACAAUUGGAGUGGCUUAGCUUCCCUCCAGAUCAUCUCCAAAUUGAUAUUAUUGUGGGUCAUGGUGUUAAACUUGGUAAACAAGUACAAAUCAUAAAAAAAUCUAAAAAGUGCAAAUGGCUUCAAGUGGUGCACACAGACCCUGAAGAACUUGGGAUGUUUAAAAACUAUUCCAACCCAAUCUCAAAGGGCGAAGAAAAGUUCAAGACUGAAGUAGAACUGUGUAAAUUGGCAGAUCAUGUUGUAGGAGUUGGACCCAAGUUGAGUGAGGCUUUCCGCUCAUAUCUACGUAGCUGUAGAAAAGAUGACACUGUUCUUGACUUCACUCCUGGAACAUUUGAAGAGUUUGCAGCUGUAAAGCAGGCUCCUAGUGAAAGGCAACAACGCAGUGUCUUGGUUUUUGGUCGGGGUGAUGUAGAAGAUUUUGAAUUAAAAGGGUUUGACAUAGCUGGGAAAGCGAUUGCUGCAUUAGAAGAUACUCGUCUUGUGUUUGUUGGAGCCCCAUAUGGAAAACAUGAAGAAAUAGCAAAACGGUUGAUUGAAUGUGGUGUUCCUGAAAGGCGCUUGAGAGUAAGAGGAUUUGUUAAAGAGCGAGAGAGUUUGAAGGACUUGUUUCAAGAGGUCGAUCUUGUAAUCAUGCCUUCAAGAACAGAAGGCUUUGGAUUAACAGGACUUGAGGCCCUGUCAGCUGGUCUCCCUGUGCUUGUCAGCAGCAACUCUGGUUUUGGAGAAGCUUUGUGUAGUGUACCUUUUGGUUCAAAAAAUGUUGUUAACUCAGAUAAACCCACAGAUUGGACCUCAGCUAUUAAGAAAAUUUGGGCCAAGGACAGAAAAAGUCGACUGGAGGAAGCAAAAAUGUUGCGUGAUUCCUUUGACAAAAAGUACAACUGGGCCAGACAGAUAAAAGAUCUUAUUGAGAAGAUGAUCAGUUGGGUUCACGGUAUGAACUUCAAUUUGAUUGACAUGUGCAUUUCAUCAUGUAUUUAUAUUGCACAUUAAGUUGCACAAUAUCGAGUACUGAAAAUCAAUAUCAUUAUUUAUUAAUAACAUUGUUAAUUUUUCUUUUUUGCUUGAAAAUACUUUUCACAUUAGAGAGCUUAAGCAUCAGUGUUUUUGAGCUACAUAUGAUAACCAGAAGUGGACUUUAUGCAAUCUUUGGUAGUGGUUUUGCGCUAAUGUUCAGGCAAUAGUCUCUAGAAAAAUGUGAAUAUAAGAAAAUAGACCUAACAAUAAAAUUUGGUAGCAUCAUGGUAUAGUACAUGAGAAGGAAGGCUGGUUGCCAUCACAAACACCUUUCCUUGAGCUCCCUAUUACAGAGGAAAUAAUAGGAUGUCAACUCUAAAAAGAUGUGAAAACAAACAAACAAAACAGAACCAAGAAGCAACCGUUGAGAUUUUUUGUUCUAAUUAAAUAUCAUGAAAAAAAAAUUAAAAUAAAAGGUGGCUAGUACUAUAUGUAUGUACCAUAGAACUAAAUGUGAUAAGAAACUUUAUUUCCCAGAUAUCUGAAAUAGUGCGAUUAUGUAUCACUGACAGGCAGACAAUUUUCUAUUCUUAAAAGAAACUUAUAAGUUUGGUAAUCAUGGCCCAGCUAAUCUUUUGUAUGCUUUAUCCCCAGCUCACUGGUGUGAUUAUUUCAUACAUAUUAAUUUGCCAGUUACCAAAAGCAGCCAAUUUAUUGUUAUCUUCUCCUUUAUUUAAACAGAUGAUUCUUCAAAUCAUCAGAGGUAUUCAGAAACCAAAUGCAGUAAAUUUUCUCAGUGUAUGGAGGGCACUACUGAAGACAUUGAAGGUAGCCUUAAAAUAUUUAUUAUUGCAAUACUUAUCUUGAUUGGCUGAAUGAUGUUUCUUUUGAUCUUGAAAAAGUGUUCUAUGGGGGAAUAGCUGGGGCCACUCAAGUUAAGCCUUCGAAUGUUGAAGUUUGGUUGCCGUGGACAUAAUUUUACAGGGCUUGAAAAAAACUUGAAUUCAAGCUUGUCCUUUAGUAGGGGGGUGAAUAGGCAAACAGAUCGGUGGAUUUUAAAAAUAAUUUUGCCUGGAUUUUGGAUUCAAAGCAAGAUUUUAACGGAUUUCCGGAUCCUGCAAUUGCAGCGGAUUGUGGAUUCAUCUAUUUUUGGGCCCCGAUUUUGGACUUUGCAUGUAAUUCAAAUAUUUUUGCCCGUAUUUCAGAUUCAGGGUGAAAAUGGAAGGGCGGAUUUGGUUAAUAAAUCUUAAUGGAUCGGCAGAUUUGUAUUCCCCUAUUACCCCCCCCUCCUUCUUUGGGCAAGCAGUUCUUAUACCUUUUGCUUGACCCAUUUACACCAAGACUUAAACUUGUUUUAAAGCUGUUUAUAAGUUGAACAUGGUUUAAAUUUGUUUUGUUUGUACACUGUAGAAGCUGCGUACUCUACUUUAUUGAUUGCUGCAACAAAUGUUCAAUUUCAUCUGAAUUAUCUAUAAAAGCCUGCUAUGUUCUAGUUUUUUGGUACUGUUACCCGUUUUUAAACCAUGUCAAGAGUUUGUGUGAAUGGGGCUUUAGUCAAUGAUUUGGAUAGAAGAUGUCUACUUGGACCUUUGCUCAUUGGGCAAAAAAGUGAGCUUUGAAAGUUGGUUGUCCAGCAGGAAAAUUUACCUGUCAUGAACUACUGAACGGGACUUUUUUUUAGCCCGGGAUAAUCAUAGAUGUCAAUUGGCGACAAAAUUGUAGAGACAUUGUACUCAAAAAGGGCAACUUAAGAGCAAAACAAUUCACACCCCUCCCACUCCUCCACCCCCUCCAUUCAAAGUUGGGGUGUUUAGCAUUUUCUACAGGUAGCUCAAAUAGCACUAUAACACUGCAUAGAGGGGAUGGGAGGGGGAAAGCUUUAUUUUCCCCUUUUGAAGUCGGUAAAAUGUCAGAAAGGCCCUUUAGGGCACAGUGUCUCCACUAAUUUUGUAGGUAUGUGUUAACGGGAUUCAUAUGGUUUACUGCCAAUAUUUUGUACUGCACAUUGUCUGUUUGUAUUUUACUGAGGUUUACUAGUGUUGUCUUACAGCUGUACAUCUGAUAAGACCUUUUGCAAUUAAACAUGUUUACAUUAUCCAAAUGAAACAAAACUGCCUGGUGACAUCUGCUAUUUGGAGAAUAUAAUAUUUGCGGAGCUGGACAAACCUUAGAGGUACACUAUCGAAGAUGAACUUAACAUCGAUACAGGUAAGCAUGUUUUAGUUAAGUUUUUAAACUAAGAAUUAUUUUGAAUGAAUAAUAAAACAAUUAAUGAAUUCGGCUUUCGUAGGAUAUGAAGAAUUAAGCAGAUCUCGGAGGGUGUUAUCCACCUUGGCCUUCGGCUUCGGUGGAUAAACACCCUCUCCUCGAUCUGCUUAAUUAUUCUUCAUAUCCUACUCUGUGAGCCUCAUUCAUAGCCUGUUCCAGGCUCCGAGAUAGUGGUGAAAAGUCGUUCAGUAAAAAGAAAUGCGAAAAACGCACGGGGCUGGGGAGAGACAGAACGGCGGAGCCUGUACGCAUUUUUUUAACGGCCUGUUCCAGUAUAUCAGCUCCUGAUUAUACCCUCUGAUUGGUCAAUUGUGACAGUUAACAUCAUCACUUAAGUAUUGUGGUCAUCAGUUUGUCAUCACCAAGAUGGCCAAUGCGAAUUGUGCGUGUGCAGAUCUUGAUGAAUCUGCGUUGUCUCGUGCUUUGGACGAGUGUUAACCUGAGAUCAGGCGUUAUUAUUUUUUUUGGCAUGAUCUCAUGAUCAGGCUAGACGAGUGUCUGCGACUUGGCUCGUGGUAAAGAUGUUUUCGCUAUUAUGUCCACCGGUUUCGGCAAAAGUUUACUCUUUCAGCUAUUCCCACGCUUGGCCAAAGCUGCUCUAACCUUAGAAAACUCUAUGAUAAUAGUCGUUUUGCCGCUGAUAUCUAUAAUACGAGACCAAGUGGAACACUGAAUUUAAAAAGCUUGGACUUUCGGCCGCAUGAGCUAUUGGCUUCGGUGAAGAGGGAGAGGAGGACGAGAAGAAAGCGAGAGAAGGAAAGUGCGAAAUUGUUUUCGGUAGUCCGGGGUUCUGGCUGAUCACAAAGUGGCAAUAACAAAACAGUCCAAAGACUGUUAAGCUUUAAAAAGCUAUUACCAUGAGAGCUGAAACUACGCACUCCAGUCAAAAGACUCACACUAUAAUAAGAGAAACACUAAGCUGGAGUUUACUGAGUCACAAUACAAUUCUCCUUUAAGUUGAUCUAGCUUAAGUUUAAGCUGCACUUAAGCUUCAUUAUUUUAUAAUUCUGGAUCUGUAAAUCACUAUCCGUGAUAAUUUAACAUUCUGCAAAGAAAACUAACAAGCUUGGCCUAGCGUGAUACAACAUUGCAGAAAAACAUUCACAGACUAAAGAAAAUCACUUAGUCAGAUCCAGAAGACACUUUGGAGAAAAUUAAAACCCUUAUUAAGCCGCAAUAAAGAGCUUUACGUUCAAAAGAGGUCAAAGAAAAUGCUCUUUCAUCAGAGAGCAAAUCCUGCUGACCAGAAACAAAAGCCACAGUAAAUAGAUAUGUGUGCCAUGACCUCUCAGUGUGAAACAAGCGACUAAAAUCACGCAAUUUUGCUCAGUGAAAAUGCAGAACCUUCCAGAGCAUAACCUACCCAACAGAGGAAAAAACUUACCGCCCCCUUUUAUUACUAUAAAACCUGCAGCACUUUGAAUGAUCGAGUGCAAGAUUCGCAGAAACCGUUGACGAAUUCGUAGCCUGCGAACAGCAGUCAGAUGUAUUUCUGGUCGUCGCUUCGGCGGGUGAAACUAGAAACUAGAGCCGAAAAAACCGGAUGCUUUCACAGGAUAACGAAUUCGAAGACAUAAAUUUCCACACAUUCGCACAAGGAGUUCGCGUCACGUGAAAUGCUCACACGAGAAACUUGAGAAUCAUUGUAGCUUAAACUGAAGUGUUAACAGUUUUGACAGCCGAAUCCAGACAUGACAAAAAUGGGCAGAAGAGGGUCGUUAAAGAAAUGCUAACAGGCUCUCUCUCCCAUUUUUCUUGCUGCCACCGCCCCCUUUCCCAAGUCGCGGGCGUCUUAUUUUCGCUUUGCUCGUUUUAACACGUCCGCACUAUACUAUCUGCCUCAGAGCCUGGCACAGGCUACCUCAUUCAUUAAUUGCUAAUUAAUAGGAUUCAUACGGUUUGCUGCCAAUAUUUUAUACUGAGCAUUGUGUGUCUGUAUUUUUAUGCUUUUGCUGGCAAAGUGAGCGGGAGACUACUACCGGAACUGAGAAGCAAAGGACUGUGAGAGAGUCUGUUAUGUACCAAGAAAAUAAUCGAUAAAAUUUGCUUCAGUGCACAUCUAUCAAACUACUGAAAAUGUAAGAACAACUAUCUUUUUUUUCCAGCUGAGAACAUCCUUCCAUCCUUGCAAAAUUUGCAAUGUGAUGCAGACCAGGUUCGCAACAAAACCAUCCUACCAUCUAAUCUGAGAACGGUUGCAGCAAAGAAAGGAUUCUUAGUUUCUGAUAACCAAUCAUCUGGCAACUGUUUGUUCUAUGCACUGUCAGAACAACUGAAAAGUGUUAAAGGAAUCCAAAUCUCACACAAAGAACUAAGAAACACUUUGGUCCAGUUUCUCAGAGAGAACGCUAAUCUGGUAAGGUGAUGAUGUAGUCCCGUAACAUGUAUGGUUAACUUCAUGCUGGGAAAAAAAAUGGCAGUGGCCUUUAGUGUCUCCUAUAAAAUCCAAGACUAUAAAGCCAAUUUGAUAAUAUCCUGAACCAUACCAUGUUAUGAUUUGGGAACUUUGUUGAUUUGUACCUGUAAGGGGGAAGGGUGUGCUGCAAAAAAGAGACGGUCAAUGCCCAGAUAUUAGAUUCCUGAGGGCUGGCAUCUCUGAAAUAGGGAAAGUGUGUUAAAGCAUCUAUAUAUCUUAACUUUAACAGUGGCAGAUCCAGGCCAGGGAAGGGGUCUGCCCCCGCCUGUUAUUUUGGACCAAACUGAGGCAUGAAGGGCCAAAACAUUUCGAGACUGGGUCCCCCCUUAUCUAAGGGUCUGGAUGACUGCCCCACCCCCCCUUAUCUCAAGGUCUGGAUCCGGCACUGUAAUAUAUCAAUAUAUAAUUAGGAAGAAUUUCUCAAAUUUUUUACUUGAGAAUGUGUGCUCAGUUUUGCACCAUACAUGAAAGCUUGUCUUUUGAAAGACCACCCAUCAUUAAAGUGAAAAAGUAUUUUCGGAGGUAAUAUAUAUACAGUUGGCUGACCUCUAAAUAUAUCAUUUUUGCAGCUUUUUCUGACCUGUUGUUGUCAUCAAUUAACUCAAAAUUCACUCCAUUUGUAUUCUGAUUCGUGGACCGUACAUGACAGCUUUUCUUUUGAAAGACCACAAUUCAUUAAAGUGAAAAAGUAUUUUCGGUAGGUUAUAUAGUGGGCUGUACCUCUAAAUAUAUCAUGUUUUGCAGCACUUUCUGACCUGUUGUUGUCAUCAAUUAACUCCAAAUUCACUCCAGUUGUAUUCUGAUUCAUCAGCUAAAAGCUUAAAGUUCACUUGCUUGAUUGUUGUUGUUGUUUUUUUAGCAUGAUGGAACAUCCUUAUUCAACUUUGUUUCUGGUUACCCAUCAUGGCGUGAAUAUUUACAAAGCAUGGCGAAAGACGGUACCUGGGGUGAUCACGUGGUUCUGUUUGCUGCAGCAAAUCACUUUCAAACUGCCAUCCGUAUUAUCAGCAGCCUUGAUCGUGAAAUAGUUGUCCAUCCAGAACACGCGGUUGCUGCCCCAACCCCCCUUGUGUUGGGACACAUUCAUGAGUUACACUAUGUUAGCCUUCAGCCUAGAAAAGGUACAAUACUAGUCUCUUCCCUGUCGCAAUCAGCAAGGUUUGUUUUACUGGUGGAAAAUGGGCUGCAGAUAUCAGCCUUGCACUACGGUGUGGUGUUUGUGUUCAAGAGAAGUGAGAGUUGGUAACUGCCUUUGCAUGGAUUCUUACAUGGAUCCUUUGUAAAUUACCAGUUUUAAGGCGCUCAGUCCCUUGAUCUUUCUCGAGUUAUAUGUACCAAAUGCUGCAUACUGUAAAGGGAACAAAAAGGUAUUCAACGAUUUUUAAAAGAGAUUAUAUUUCCAGGAGUGGUGGACUGAAAUGUCCAUUACUCAGAACAUGUCCGAGAAUAAAUUUUUUAUUUUUUGUGAAAUUUAGCAUUUUCGGUUCAGAAUAUUCGCAUGUCACUUUCAUGACUCCAUUUCUAUGGAUGUAGCUGGCACUUUCAUGAUUUGCAGUUUUUGCACUGUAUUAUUGCUAGGUGAUCAUAAGUUAUCUAAGAUUAUGUCAGUUGUCAAAGGUUAAAUCAUUAUUGACCUUCUAACGAUACUGUUUAUAGUACAAAAUAAAAAGACUGUGAUAGAGAAAAUGCUUUUUAUCGACUGACGGACGGUUCUCCCACCUCAGUGAAUACAGCUGUGACGAUCAUGUAUCCUUUAAUGUUCUAAUGGCCAUUGUUUACUACUUUUUAUUUUGCCAGAUGAGUGUUUAUUUCUAAGGAAUAAGAGGAACAGUGAAGGGUUCAUGAUGGAGAACAAUGAAAUCAGAUUAAAACGAAGAAGGACCAUGGAAGAUCUUAAGGCUUUUAGAUCUACAGGUACAAGUUCAUGAUAUGCACCUUAACCACAACCCUAAUGUAUUGUCAAAUCCCCCUCCCCCCCCGCCCAAAAAAGGGCGAAUUUUACCGCUUCAAAUCAGCAAUAGAUACCCUAGCCUUUAAGAGUACCAAUCUCAUCUCCAGAGGCCGUCUUGCUACCGACUGCUACUCUACUUUAUUGAUUGCUGCAACUAUAUGUAACCUGUUGAAUUUCAUUUGAAUUAUCUGUAGAAGCCUGUGUUUUAGUGUUCUGUUACUGUUUUCCAUUUUUAUACCAUGUUUAGUUGGUGUGAAUGGGGCUUUAUAUAAUUAGUUAAUGAUUUGGUUAGAAGAUGUCGUACUUGGAUCUUUGCCCAUAUGGGCAAAGUGAGCUUUAAAAAGGGAAAAUAAAGUUUGUUGUACCACUGUACUCUUCGAACUACCUGUAGAAAACGCUUAACACCCCAACUUUGAAUGGAGGGGGAGGGGUGUGGAUUGUUUUGCUCUGAAGUUACCCUUUUUGAGUACAAUGUCUCUACAAUUUUGUCACUGACUGACAUCUCUGAUUAUACAGGGCUAAAAAAAGUCCUGUUCAUUAGUCCAUGACAAGUAGAUUUUCCUGCUGGACAAGCAACUUAUUAUUAAUAGGAUUCAUAAGGUUUGCUGCCAAUAGUUUGUACUGAUCAGCAUUGUGUGUCUGUAUUUUUAUGCUUUCGCUGGCAAAGUAAGCGACAGACUUUAACUACUGUAACUGAGAAGCAAAGGACUUUGAGAGAGUCUAUCAUGUCCCAUGAAAAUAAUCAAUAAAAUUUGCUUCAGUGCACACCUAUCAAACUACUGAAAAUGUAAAAACAACUCUCUUUUUUUGCAGCUGCGAACAUCCUUCCAUCCUUACAAAAUUUGCGAUGUGAUUUAGACCAGGUUCGCAACAAAACCAUCCUACCAUCUAAUAUUAGAACGGUUGCAGCGAAGAAAGGAUUCUUAGUUUCUGAUAACCAAGCAUCUGGGAACUGUUUGUUCUAUGCACUGUCAGAACAACUGAAAAGUGUUAAAGGAAUCCAAAUCUCACACAAAGAACUAAGAAACACUUUGGUCCAGUUCCUCAGAGAGAAUGCUAAUCUGGUAAGGUGACGAUGUAGUCCCUUAAUUGUAUGCUUAACUUCAUCAUGCUGGGGAAAAAAAAGGCCAGAAGCCUUUAGUGUCUGUUAUAAAAUCCAAGACUAUAAAGCCAAUUUGAUAAUAUCCUGAGCCAUAACCAUGUUAUGAUUUGGGAACUUUGUUGAUUUGUACCUGUAAGGGGGAAGGGGUGUACUGCAAAAAAGAGACAAUGUCCGGAUAUUAGAUUCCCGAGGGCUGGCAUCUCUGAAAUAGGGAGAAGUGCGUUAGAGCAUCUGUUUUAACUUGAUGCAGUGGUGAAUCCGGUGGAGGGCCUGGGGGGCCUGCCCCCCCUUAUUUUUAGACCAAACUGAGGCCCAAAGGGCCAAAAACUUUGAGACUGCCCCCCCUUAUCUGAGGGUCUGGAUGACGGCCACCCCCCCCCUCCCCACGUAUCUCAAGGUCUUGAUCUGGCACUGUAAUACAUCAAUAUAUCAUUAGGAAGAAUUUCUCAAAUGGGGUAAUCACUUGAGAAUGUGUGCUCUGUUUUGGACCGUACAUGACAGCUUUUCUUGUGAAAGACCACAAUUCAUUAAAGUGAAAAAGUAUUUUCGGAGGUUAUAUAGUGGGCUGUACCUCUAAAUAUAUCAUGUUUUGCAGCACUUUCUGACCUGUUGUUGUCAUCAAUUAACUCCAAAUUCACUCCAUUUGUAUUCUGAUUCAUCAGCUAAAAGCUUAAAAUUCACUUGCUUGAUUGUUGUUGUUGUUUUUUUAGCAUGAUGGAACAUCCUUAUUCAACUUUGUUUCUGGUUACCCAUCAUGGCGUGAAUAUUUACAAAGCAUGGCGAAAGACGGUACCUGGGGUGAUCACGUGGUUCUGUUUGCUGCAGCAAAUCACUUUCAAACUGCCAUCCGUAUUAUCAGCAGCCUUGAUCGUGAAAUAGUUGUCCAUCCAGAACACGCGGUUGCUGACCCAACCCCCCUUGUGCUGGGACACAUUCAUGAGUUACACUAUGUUAGCCUUCAGCCUAGAAAAGGUACAAUACUAGUCUCUUCCAUGUCGCAAUCAGCAAGGUUUGUUUUACUGGUGGAAAAUGGGCUGCAGGUAUCAGCCUUGCACUGCGGUGUGGUGUUUGUGUUCAAGAGAAGUGAGAGUUGGUAACUGCCUUUGCAUGGAUUCUUGCAUGGAUCCUUUGUAAAUUACCAGUUUUAAGGCGCUCAGUCCCUUGAUCUUUCUCGAGUUAUAUGUACCAAAUGCUGCAUACUGUAAAGGGAACAAAAAGGUAUUCAACGAUUUUUAAAAGAGAUUAUAUUUCCAGGAGUGGUGGACUGAAAUGUCCAUUACUCAGAACGCGUCCAAGAAUAAAUUUUUUAUUUUUUGUGAAAUUUAGCGUUUUCGGUUCAGAAUAUUCGCAUGUCACUUUCAUGACUCCAUUUCUAUGGAUGUAGCUGGCACUUUCAUGAUUUGCAGUUUUUGUACGGCAUUAUUGCUAGGUGAUCAUAAGUUAUCUAAGAUUAUGUCAGUUGUCAAAGGUUCAUUAUUGACCUUCUAACGAUACUGUUUAUAGUACAAAAUAAAAAGACUGUGAUAGAGAAAAUGCUUUUUAUCGACUGACGGACGGUUCUCCCACCUCAGUGAAUACAACUGUGAGGAUCAUGUUUCCUUUGUUCUAAUGGCCGUUGUUUAAUACUUCUUAUUUUGCCAGAUGAGAGUUUAUUUCUAAGAAAUAAGAGGAACAGUGAAGGGUUCAUGAUGGAGAACAAUGAAAUCAGAUUAAAACGAAGAAGGACCAUGGAAGAUCUUAAGGCUUUUAGAUCUACAGGUACGAGUUCAUGAUAUGCACCUAACCACAACCCUAAUGUAUUGUCAAAUCCCCCUCCCCCCCCCUUCCCCUCCCAAAAAAAAGGGCGAAUUGUACCGCUUCAAAUUAGAUACCCUUUAAGAGUACCAAUCUCGUCUCCAGAGGCCGUGUUGGUACCGAGGCAGGUAGACCACAAAUUUAAAGAUUCGCGUGACAGUUGAUUUUGGCGCUAGACGUUAACCAUUUAGGUGACUUGGCUUUCAGUGUUUGUCAAGACAACAAGAUGAACUCUUGUGUUCACAUUCCUUUCUCAUUGCUGACGUCGUUGUGAAGCACUAGUAUGCUGUAACUGAAAGAACUUUCAUCGAUUCGCACUUUCCGCAAACAAAAGUUUGACUUGGGCUAUGAAAUGUUGUGACCUCAUUCCACAUUCAAAUCUAGGCGAUUUAGGGCUUGUUUACAUGGAGGUGGGGGACCCCAGGUAGGUGAGUUAACCCGCGUAGCCGGGGUCAAAUUUUACCAUGUAAACGUUCAAGGUGGGGUAACCCGCCUAGCCGGGGUCCAAUUCGUGAUACAUCAAAUUCGCGCAAAAUUCACUUCGGCGGUGGCUUUGCAUGAUUAUUGAAGGUAGCAAUAAAAAGCCACAGCACUGAAGGUUGCAGCAAGAGCAGCAAGUGAGUGUAGAAGAGUAUUAAUCGCCAAAACACGUAGACUGCAAAACAGUCGGUUUUUUUCUCAAAAUCAGUAAAAGAAAUCGGUAAAGCGUGGCGUAAGAGUCUUACGCGCGCGAAGCGCGCGAGCCUCACACGCCCGUAGGGCGUGUGAGGCGAGAGAAAAAAAACCGUCUCUCCCCAGUCUCGCUCUCUGUUUUCAGCCUCAUUCCAGACCUUUUGUUUGACUGCUCGCGCGUACUUGAAUACGCAAAAUACGGACUGUUUUGCAGUCUAAAACACGUGGUUUUCCAGCAUAUUUCUUGUUUACGUGCUUAGCGACCAUUCAAUAAUCUUGAGGAAGUGCAUCCCGGGAUGACGUGGUCGUAAGAUUGUAUGUAAAGGAGGGUUAAAUUUUUACCCCACCUAAGCGAGUUACCUCACCUACCUGGGGUCCCCCACCUCCAUGUAAACAGGCCCUUAAGAUACAACUGACCAUACGGUACUGCCGGGUCUAUUUCUCGCUAAUUCCAGUGCUGCAGUGAAAUAUUUCCAUGAAUUUUUUAAAUUGUUUGAUUGGACUCAAAAUAAAAUCACAAAGUACUGCUCAAAGUGUGUCAUAUUUCCUGAAUCAUGCGCCUUCCCUAAUAUACAAACUAACAGGUUAAAUACUUGAUAACGUUUAAUGCAGCGUGUAUGAAUAUUCAUCUUUUCAGAUUUUUCAUACCCAAGUGACAUUUUAGAGAAAAUCCGUCAGCUGUAUAGAACACGUGAACAACGCCUUCUGCCUGUACCGUGGUGUGAGGAUUUCAGCUUUCAUUUGAAUGAUAUGUUUACUAGACUAAAAAUCGUUGGUAAAGAAAAGUCCCGAGGGGUACUUACUGACAAGAUAACCAAUAUGACGGCUAUCUUUAAGGCGCACGCAGAAUGUCAAAGUCCGCGAACAGUCUUGAUCGAGGGAGAUCCUGGCAUGGGAAAAACCACAUACUGUCAAAAGCUGGCGUAUGAUUGGGCUACUAAGCACGACGGGUGGGACCCGUCUUUUCCAGAGAUUGAAGUGUUACUGCUUCUCAAAUGUAAUGAAAUUCAAUCCAACAUCUGGGAAGCUGUGGAUGAUCAAAUUUUACCCGAGGAAAUGGAAGAUCAAGCUAAGGAAUGUUUCUUUAAAUUCAUUCGCGAAAAUCAGUCGAAAGUUCUUUUAGUUCUCGAUGGACUGGAUGAAGUGGAUCCUAGUAACCUCAAAGUACUCUCCAACCUUAUUCAAGGUAAAGAACUUUCAGGUUGCUACAUUGUUGUCACGUCUCGUCAUGAGGCUGGAAGUAAAGUAAGGAGGUACUGUGACACUCUGUGGGAAAUUGAAGGAUUUACCAAGAAAGAUGCAGAAAGCUUUAUUCUUAAAUACUUUAAAAACAUCAACAAAGAGCACUUAGCCUGGAAACUUCUAAAAAGCAUAUGGGAUGGGCCCUUUCUAUUUGAGUCACAACAGGAUAGAGACCUUAGUGAAUUGACAAAAAAUCCCUUAAACACUGCCUUACUGUGUGUUAUAUGUGAGGAUUUUGAGGGCGUAUUUCCAACGAACAGGACUGAAUUGUACACGGAAAUUGUUCUUUGUGUUUUAAGAAGAUAUGAACAAAAGCAAGGUUUAGCGAGCAAGAAUGAAGACCUGAUGACCGUUUACAAAAAAGAAUUAAUAGAUCUUGGAAGAAUGGCAUUAGAAUCUCUUCGAAACGGAGAGUUGUAUUUUGAAGAAAAUAAAUCUAACGGUGGCCUUAUUGUCUUAUCCAAGUUCGGAUUCCUUUCACUUCAGGCUGGUGGCAGUAAGAGAAAAGUUGUUGUGCGUUAUGCAUUUCUUCAUAAGAGCUUUCAAGAGUUCUUUUCUGGUUUCUAUCUCGCUUACAAACUCAUUGAGGGAGAAAUUGAGUGCGAAGCAGUGGUGACUGACCAAAGAUAUGAGAACGAACUAUAUCAGGUCUUUUUAUUUACGAUCGGAAUUUUAGUUUCAACAAGUGAGAAAACCGCAAAGUCUCUCGUAACAUAUAUGGCUAGAAAUAUCACAAGUCUUCAGUCUGCGAGAGAGAUUUCAAAGCGUCUUGCAUUUUCUUUAGGUUGUUUAUCAAAGCACGAAAGUUUAGUUUGCACCUUAGGGAAGCACCUUCACAUUUCUUAUUUGAAGUUGGAUACAGCAAUUUGGAGAUAUGAAGUUGUGUCUCUUUUCAAGGCCCUUUCAGUCAACUCCUCCUUAACUAAUUUGGAUUUGAGUAAGAACAGUAUUGGUGACUCUGGAGCUGCGUCUCUUUCCCAGGCUGUUGCAGUCAACUCCUCCUUAACUAAUUUGGAUUUGAUGGACAACUUUAUCGGUCCCUCUGGAGCUGCGUCUCUUUCCCAGGCUCUUGCAGUCAACUCCUCUUUAACUAAUUUGGUCUUGUUGGGGAACAGUAUCGGUGAUUCUGGAGUUGCGUCUCUUUCCCAGGCUCUUGCGGUCAACUCCACGUUAACUAAUUUUGAUUUGGGUUGGAACAGUAUUGGUGAUUCUGGAGCUGCGUCUCUUUCUCAGGCUCUUGCAGUCAACUCCUCAUUAACUAAUUUGAAUUUGAGUAGGAAUAGAAUUGAUGGUUCUGGAGCUGCGUCUCUUUCCCAGGCUCUUGCGGUCAACUCCUCCUUAACUAAUUUGGAUUUGAAUGGGAACAGCAUUGGUGAUUCUGGAGCUGCGACUCUUUCCCAGGCUCUUGCAGUCAACUCCUGCUUAACUAAUUUGAAUUUGAGUUUGAACAGUAUUGGUGCUUCUGGUGCUGCGUCUCUUUCCCAGGCUCUUGCAGUCAACUCCUCAUUAACUAACUUGGAUUUGAGUGGGAACAGUAUUGGUGAUUCUGGAGCUGCGUCUCUUUCCCAGGCUCUUGUAGUAAACUCCUCAUUAACUAAUUUGGAUUUGAGUGGGAACAGUAUUGGUGAUUCUGGAGCUGCGUCUCUUUCCCAGGCUCUUGUAGUAAACUCCUCAUUAACUAAUUUGUAUUUGAGUGAGAACAGUAUUGGUGAUUCUGGAGCUGCGUCACUUUCCCUGGGUCUUGGAGUCAACUCCUCCUUAACUAAUUUGUAUUUGAGUGAGAACAGAAUUGGUGCUUCUGGAGCUGCGUCACUUUCCCAGGCUCUUGGAGUCAACUCCUCCUUAACUAAUUUGGAUUUGAGUGAGAACAGUAUCGGUGAAUUUGGAGCUGCGUCACUUUCCCAGGCUCUUGCAGUCAACUCCUCCUUAACUAAUUUGGACUUGAGUGGGAACGGUAUUGGUGAUUCUGGAGCUGCAUCUCUUUCCCAGGCUCUUGCAGUCAACUUCUCCUUAACUACUUUGGAUUUGAGGGGGGGCAGUAUUGGUAAUUCUGGAGCUGCGUUUCUUUCUCAGGCACUUGCAGUCAACUCCUCCUUAACGAAUCUGAAUUUGCAUUUGAACUUUAUUGGUUCUUCUGGAGCUGCGUCUCUUUCCCAGGCUCUUGCAGUCAACUCCUCCUUAACUAAUUUGAAUUUGCGUUCGAACAGUAUUGGUCCUUCUGGAGCUGCGUCUCUUUCCCAGGCUCUUAUAGUCAACUCCUCCUUAACUAAUUUGGAUUUGAGAGGGAACAGUAUUGGUGAUUCUGGUGCUGCGUCUCUUUCUUAGACAGUUGCAGUCAAGUCAUCCUUAACUAAUUUGGAUUUGAGUAGGAACAGUAUCUGAUGAUUGUGGAGCUGCGUCUCUUUUCCAGGCACUUGCAGUCAACCCCUCCUUAACUAAUUUGAAUUUGAAAUGGAACAGUAUUGGCUAAUCUGGAACCACUGCACUAUUCUAUGUGAGCACGGUACAAAAUACAACGGUGAACAAAGACGAUCUUGUUCUUGUUGAUGAUGUGGAGAAAGAGAAGGAGUAUGAGGAAGAGGGAGACAAGGACAAGGAGAAGCAUAUAAAUAAGUAAUUUUAACGGACAACUGUUAUAGAAUAAAAUGAUAAUCCUCACAUUUAGAAACAUUGUUGAGUGUAAAGGAAAGUCAAACGGAGCAUUUCGGGGACCUUUUUGUGAAUCUCUGAUAGAACAUUUGUAAUUCGUAUUCUUAAUUCUCCUUUAUAAAAAUUAUUACAUUUACUAUACUACUUUACCAUAAUUUCUUAAUUCCGAUCGGCUAACGAAAAAUUGUUUUAUUUUCGCAAUCUGUGAAAGGAAAAACAAGGCAUAAUUACUUGAUUAUGAUUGGUCGGUCAUAAGAAUUUCUUGUAUUUGAUUGACUAUGUGUGUAUUUACGUCGUAAGUUUGCUUGCUGGAAUUUUGAGCAAAAUUAACUAAUCUCGCAGAUACCUAUUGUUCUCGGGACAUUUACUUCCGGUUCACUAAAGUUCGUAGAUCUGUCAUAUUACGCGCAGUCAUGCUUAGACGCUAUGAGAGCGCUUCAGCCAUUGGUUGCCAAGAAUGCACGACGAUGAUCAUUGAUAUGGUGUAGGUGGAAAACUAAACAAUGAAUGUAGCACACUAUUGUUUUCUCCUUUUAACUCCCUUUAGCGGGAGAAAAAUUCACGAAGAAAAAAAAAACGUUUUCCCGGUGUACAACUUAACUCGCUCCCCACUUACCGCCGCGCUCUACUUUCUGAACGCCUGGAACAGGCUAAAGGACUCUUUUGCUUCUUAAAAUCGCGCAUAUGUGCAUAUUUCACUGUGGACGUUAAUAAAAUCA